AUGUCAGAAGAAGCAUUUGAUGCAUCACUAGAUCUUCUUAGAAGGUUAGAUCCGAAGAAAAUUAAAAAGAAUCUUGACAAUCUUUGUCGAUUGCAGCCGGAACUAGCUGAAGAUCUCUUAUCUUCUGUUGAUACUCCCUUGAGGGCAGAAGUAUGCCAGUCCAGCGGCAAAAGUUAUCUCUGCUGUGACUAUAACAGGGAUGGAGACUCAUUCAGAUCACCUUAUAGUAACGAGUACUAUCCAGCGAUUGAAGAUGAGGCCGAAGCACCGCAUCCUUCUUCCUAUUUGAGACAAUUGGAGAUGCAAGCCAAUGAUUCUUUCGAUAUUUAUCGUGAAUUGUACUACGAGGGCGGGAUAAGCAGUGUUUAUUUAUGGGAUGCAGAAGAUGAAGUGGUGGACAAAUCAGGAAGAAUUGGCUUUGAUGGAGUGGUGUUGUUGAAGAAAAGUAUUGACAAUGACUCUGGAGGUGCAUGGGAUUCCAUACACGUGUUUGAAGUGCAGCCAAAGAUUAAUGGCGAUGCCAGCUAUAAGCUCACUUCUACGAUUAUUUUGGAUUUGUCUACAUCCAAUGAUAUUGAUAUGUAUUUGAGUGGAAACUUGACCAGGCAGACUACUCGAGAGGCCAAAUAUACAGAUGCCGCAUCUCAUGUGGCCAAUAUUGGGUCUCUUAUAGAGGACACCGAGGGUAAGCUUAGAAAUAUGCUACAGGAGGUCUAUUUCGGGAAAACUAAGGAUAUAGUGGGUGAUUUGAGAUCAAUUGAGAAACUCAACGUGAAAGAAGACCAGAAGUUGAAGCAUCAGGAGAUGAUUAAGGAGUUCGAAAAGAUCUAA